UGUCCACUCUGCCCACUCUGCCCCACUGUGUGCGCACCCAGCCCGACGCACCGCAAACACUGGCUCCAUGACUGACUACGAAGCUGCCACCUCCUUUCUGGGGGAAUGGGGACCUUUCCAGCAGCGGAUAUUUUAUCUGCUCUCUUUAUCCCUGUUGCCCGUCGGAUUCCACGGGAUGAUCAUCGUGUUUCUGGCAGACACGCCGGCGCACAGGUGCGUCAUUCCCGCACACGUCAACCUCAGCGACGCGUGGAGAAACAGCAGCAUCCCCCUGGAGGUCCACAGCCACAGCGGAGCUCUGGUCCACAGCAGGUGCUCCAGAUACAAACUGAAUGUGAUGCAGGAUUUCUCACAGAGGGGACUGAUGCCUGGCGUUGAUGUGAACCUGUCAAAUGUGGAACAAGAGCGAUGUUUGGACGGGUGGGAGUACGACCAGAGCGUCUACACCUCUACAAUUGUGUCAGAGGUUUGUGUUUCUGAGUGGUUUUCUGGUAAAGCAGUGGGAUGUAUGUUGAAGUGGGACCUGGUGUGUGAUAACAGUUGGAAAACCCCGUUGACAUCUUCGAUAAACUUUUGCGGUGUGUUCGCUGGUUCCCUGGUUUCAGGCCAACUCUCUGAUAGGUAUGGGAGGAAAGUUGUAUUGUUUGUUGCCCUCGCAACACAGACACUGUUCUCAUCCAUCCAGGCCUUCGCUCCAUCCUGGCCAGUGUUCUGCGCUAUAUUCUUUGUUGUUGGGAUGACAAGAGUCUCCAUUUAUAUGUGUGCUUUUGUGUUAGGAACAGAGAUAUUAAACCCACGUGUACGGACGGCGUUCGCCACUCUUGGUUCAUGUUUGUUCUUUUCUUUGGGCUACUUGCUGCUGCCCCUGGGUGCUUUCUUCAUCAGAGAUUGGAGGAUGCUAGCCUUAGGCUUAUCCCUGCCUUGCUGCCUCCUUGCACCUCUCUGGUGGUUCAUCCCAGAGUCUCCCCGCUGGCUACUCUCUCAGGGUAGAGUAGAAGAUGCUGAGGUCAUAAUAAAAGAUGCCGCAAAGACAAAUAAAAUUGAGCCUCCACCAAUCAUCUUUACCCCCUUGCAGCCAAGAAUUCAGUCUGACAAGAAGAAGUCCCGCAACAUCUGGGACCUGCUUCGUUUUAGUAACAUCCGCUGGAUCUCGCUCACGCUGUGGCUGGUCUGGAUUGUUGUGAACAUUGGCUAUUUUGGUCUGUCCUUGAACACGUCAAACCUUCAUGGUAACCCACACUUCAACUGUUUCCUGUCAGCUGUGGUGGAGGUUCCAGCGUACAUCUCCUCAUGGUUUUUGUUCCGCUGGUGCUCCAGACGACUAAGUACAUCCUCAACUCUUUUGAUUGGAGGUGUUUUUCUAUUGCUCAUUCAACUAAUACCUACAGAUAUGACUGUUGUAGCCAUAUCACUGGAGAUGAUGGGGAAGUUUGCAGUAACGACAGGAUACACUAUUGUGUACGCAUACACAGCUGAAGUCUACCCGACUGUACUGAGAAAUACAGCACUUGGUGUCUGCUCCAUGGCCGCCAGAAUAGGCGGCAUCAUUGCCCCAUACUUUGUUUACUUAAGGACCUAUUCUGUUUCACUGCCUUACAUCCUCAUGGGAAGCCUUACUGCUCUGUCAGGGUUGCUGAGUCUCCUGCUGCCCGAGAGCUUUGGAAUGCCUCUGCCCGAAACCCUCAGCCAGAUGCAGCCAUUCCCUGGGUGUUGCCGGAAGAAGCUGUAUUCACCCGCUCAAACCACGGAAGAAGAAAAUGCUACUGAACUGAAGCCUCCAGUUAUGUCGUGAAUGUGAAAAGUGUUGUCAUGUGGCAAUUAACUGGAAACUAUAACUCUGUGAUUGAUUGUGCUAAAUGGACAAAUGACAGCAGUAAUGGCAUAAAUGUUUUAUAAGUCUUAAAGAUAAAAAAAAAAAAAAACUUCCUUAUAUCUGUAUAAUCCAACCAAAAUCUCAUUAUUGAUAUAAGGUCAUUUCAUAUCGAGAUAAUGAUACCUAGUGCCACUUAGCACAUGUUAUUUUUUUAAAUUCAGUGAAUAAAUAGUUUAUAAAAAUGACAGCAUGAAUAUGUUUAUAUGAUAUUAUAUCUUGAAAUAAAUGUUCGUCAAAGAUA